AUGACUAGCCGUAACAACUACUCUGGAAACUGCAGCUCAGGAUCGCUCAGAAACUCCUGCCACCUCCCGGCUACCCCUUCUUCCAUUGCCCUCUGUUCGUCAAACAUGGGCUGUGGAGAGGUCUUCUGCAUACCCAGCAACUGUCAGGAUCAUACCUGGUUCAUGAACAACUGCCCGGAGACCUUUGGAGAACGCUCCGGAGGCCAGCCGGCCGUCCAUGAAGCCAGCAACUAUGAAAACACCUGUUGCUCUUCUGGAUGCUAUGUUCCCAGACCCUGUCAGGGCUCUGGCUACUUUCCGGCUUCGUCCGUCAUCUCUGGUGUCUGCCACCCAGCAUCCUGUAGGCCUGUGAGCUUUGUGUCUAGCAGCUACCGGCCGGUUAGUCCCUUCAUCAACAACUGCCAGCCUGUGGGCUGUGGGUCUGGCAGCUACCGCCCACUCCCUUGCGUAUCCAACAGCUGCCGACCCGUGGGCAUUGUCCCUUAUGGAUGCAGGCCUUCCGGUUGUAUGGGGUAUGGCCCGCAAACCAUUCACAUUGUGUCACAUAGCUUCAGACCUCUGCAGCCUGUCUCUGGUGGUUGCCAACCAGUGACUCCCGUCUUCGGCACCUGUCGUCCAUCCUGCUCUGCACAAUGAGGGCAGCCGCCACCUCGUUCUAGGGAACAGCAGUAG